ACCAAGACGAUCUUUCGGUCAGAAAACAUGAAGUACUUAGCGGUUCUUUUGGGCGCCAUAGCUGCUGCAGCAGCUCUGCCCACUGACAUCUCGGACCCAGUUCUCAUGAAGCUGAGCGGAGAUGGCGAACGCUUCCAGCCCAUGAGGGGAGGCAAUGGCGUGGUCCACAUGGUGGACACUUGGCUGAAGGUCUCCGAUCUGAUGGAGGCUGCCAGGUUCCAGCCAGAAUUACAUAACACUUAUCAUCUCUUCACCAGAAACAAUCCCAUAGUAAGCCAGCCGCUGCUGCUUGGCGAAGACGGUCUGCUCGGCAGCACCAACUACAACAGUAACCGCAGAACUAUCUUCAUCGUCCACGGUUGGACCGACGAUUUGCUCGGCAACGUCAACAGCGUACUUAUACCAGCUUUCCUGGCCGCCGAGGAUGUGAACGUGAUCUCAGUGGACUGGAGCGUGGGAGCCGGUACCAUCAACUACCUCGCCGCUGUCACCAACACUGUCACUUCAGGUGAAAGUGUCGCCAACUUCAUAAACUGGUUAAUGGCUUCCACGGGCACCACUCCUGAGCAGAUCCACAUCAUCGGACACUCUCUGGGUGGCCAUCAGUCCGGAAUCGUCGGCAGGAACCUCAACGGCAAAGCCGCUUACAUUACUGCUCUGGACCCGGCCCUCCCCGGCUGGUUGACCAACGAACACCGCUUCCAGGCCAACGACGGCGCCUACACUGAGGUGAUUCACACCAACGCGGGGUUGCUGGGGUACAUCGCCAACAUGGGACAGGUGGACUUUUACCCCAACGGCGGGAUUAAUAUGCCUGGGUGCAGCGACCCCGUGUGUGACCAUGCCAGAUGCUACCAGUACUUCGCUGAAUCCAUCACUACUGGAGGCUUCACUGGCACUAGAUGCGCCACUUACGUCGGAGCUAUGACUGGCAACUGCAUUCUAUGGGGAAGCCUACAGAUGGGAGGAUUGAGACCUAAGACUGGAUCUUCCGGAAUCUACUACCUGCAGACCAAUGAUGCCGCGCCUUUCUCUCGAGGCUAAACUUAA